CAGAAGGGCGUUUGUGCUGCGUCCCAUUGUGGUUGUGGUGAAAAUGCUCUGCUGGGAUGGGUUGGGGAACAAAAAUGGGGGUUGAGGUUGAGGAGGGUCAUUUGAGUGGGGAGAGAGAAAAGCCCCUCUUUUCAUCUAAGGAACAUUGGAGGGUAUGGCUGGGUGAUGGCUUCAGCGUGGGGUUUGAGGGCGGCUGUGGGUUUCCCCCCCAGGCCUCUCCCUCUUUGCCCUGUUGCUCUGUCCUGACGGGGUUCCUUCUGAUGUUGCAGGUGGGAUUUGAGGAGGCCGCCGCAGAUGUCUCUGAGGAAGGCCGGGUGCCGUCCGAUGUCGAACAGAGACCCCUAUAUGUGGAGGCCAAACAGGAAGAUGCAAGCGAGGCCCAACUGGCAGCAGGUAAAAAGUGGGUGGGCAUACCUGAGGGAGAGAGAUACACACCUGAAGUUGGUGAGGGGUUUUCCGGAGGGAGAGCAGAGGAGGAGAACUUUUCCUCGUGUGGUGAACAAGAAAAUGCCCCUGAGAGUCAUGAAUGGCGAAGUCAAGGCCACGAAGCAGAAGGAGCCCGCGAGUCUAGUUCCUUUGAGGGUGAUGGCAAGGACUUUAGUGAAACCGCGGACCGUAAGGAAGUCUGCACUGGCAAGAGGCAAAACACAUUUCGUGGGAAAAGCUUCGGCCAAAGUCCAGGCCUCCUAGCCAACCAAAGAGCCCGUGUAGGAGGAAAACCGCAGAACAAAUGUUUGAUUUGCGGGAAAUCCUUCUUUUACAGCUCCAACCUUGUCAUCCACCACGGAAUCCACACUGGCGAGCGGCCCUACGAAUGUCCCGACUGCGGCAAGAGAUUCAGCCGAGGCUCCGACCGCAACCGCCACCAGAGGAUCCACACGCAGGAAAAACUGUACAAGUGCCUGGCCUGCGGGAAAUGCUUCCUCUAUAGCUCGGACCUCGUCAUUCAUCAGAGAAUCCACACCGGGGAGAGGCCCUACGAGUGCUUGGACUGCGGGAAAAGAUUCAGUUGCAGCUCGGACCGCAACCGCCACCAAAGGAUCCACACCGGGGAGAAACCGUACGACUGCAUGGACUGUGGGAAAAGGUUCAGUCAGAACGUUCACCUCAAGAGGCACCAAAGGACCCAUGUGGGAGAGAAAUCGUACCAGCGCCCAGAAUACGGGGAAAGUCUGAGCGUGAGCUGAGGAAUGAAAACCAUGUUCCCAUUUACGUUUUAUGAGGUAGUUUGUGGAUCUCAGCCAAGGUAGUUAUGACGUCACGUGUUUCCGUUCUGUUUUUUGAACUUUGUUUCCUGUUUUCAAGUUCCUCCCCCCCCCCAAUUUUUUUUAUUCAUUUUAUAACACAAAUAAACAAUACAAACAGAAAUGCAAACAA